UGCCGUUCGCAGCCGGAGAACGCCGGAGGAGAGCUCAAGGAUGGGCAGCACCGCUACGAGGGAGCCGUCGUCAUACUGGAUGCCGGGGCGCAGUACGGGAAGGUCAUCGACCGCCGGGUGCGAGAGCUCUUCGUCCAGUCCGAGGUCUUCCCCCUGGAAACGCCAGCCUUCGCCAUCAGAGAGCAAGGCUUUCGAGCUAUCAUUAUAUCUGGAGGACCAAACUCUGUGUAUGCAGAAGAUGCCCCAUGGUUUGACCCAGCAAUAUUUACAAUAGGAAAACCAGUUCUUGGAAUCUGCUAUGGCAUGCAGAUGAUGAAUAAGGUAUUUGGAGGUACGGUGCACAAGAAGAGUGUUCGAGAGGAUGGAGUGUUCAACAUCACUCUGGAUAACACGUGUUCGCUGUUCAGGGGCCUUCAGAAGGAAGAGCUUGUGCUCCUCACUCAUGGAGACAGCGUGGAUAAAGUAGCUGAUGGAUUCAAAGUGGUUGCACAGUCUGGGAACAUUAUAGCAGGCAUAGCAAAUGAAUCUAAAAAACUGUACGGAGCACAGUUCCACCCUGAAGUUAGCCUCACAGUGAAUGGAAAAAUGAUCCUGAAGAAUUUUCUCUAUGAUAUUGCGGGAUGCAGUGGUACCUUUACAGUGGAAAACAGAGAAGUUCAGUGCAUUCAAGAUAUCAAAGAGAAAGUGGGUUCAUCAAAAGUCCUGGUUUUACUCAGUGGCGGUGUGGACUCAACAGUGUGUACUGCUCUCCUGAACAGAGCUUUAAAUCAAGAUCAGGUCAUAGCUGUACACAUAGAUAAUGGUUUUAUGCGCAAGAGAGAGAGUCAGUCUGUGGAGGAGGCACUCAAAAAACUUGGCAUUCAAGUUAAAGUGGUGAAUGCAGCUCAUUCAUUCUAUAAUGGGACAACAACUCUGCCCAUCUCGGAUGAGGACAGAACUCCACGUAAAAGAAUUAGCAAAACCUUAAACAUGACUACAAGUCCUGAAGAAAAAAGAAAAAUUAUUGGUGACACCUUUGUUAAGAUUGCCAAUGAAGUUAUCGGAGAAAUGAAUCUGAAACCUGAAGAGGUUUUUCUUGCUCAGGGCACCCUCAGACCUGAUCUCAUUGAAAGUGCUUCCCUUGUUGCAAGUGGCAAAGCUGAAGUCAUCAAAACUCAUCAUAAUGACACGGAGCUGAUUCGAAAGUUAAGAGAAGAGGGUAAAGUAAUAGAACCGCUGAAAGACUUUCACAAAGAUGAAGUGCGAGUGCUAGGGAGAGAACUUGGUCUUCCUGAAGAGCUGGUUUCAAGGCAUCCCUUCCCAGGUCCUGGUCUAGCAAUCAGAGUGAUAUGUGCUGAAGAGCCUUAUGUGUGCAAAGACUUUCCUGAAACAAACAACAUUUUGAAAAUAGUUGCAGAUUUUUCUGCGAGUGUUAAGAAGCCACAUACUUUGCUGCAGAGGGUUAAAGCGUGUACAAGUGAAGAAGAUCAGGAGAAGCUGAUGCAGAUUACAAGCCUACAUUCACUGAAUGCCUUCUUGUUACCAAUCAAAACUGUGGGAGUGCAGGGUGACUGUCGCUCAUAUAGCUAUGUUUGUGGGAUCUCUAGUAAAGAUGCUCCUCACUGGGAGUCUCUUAUGUUUCUUGCCAGGCUCAUACCACGCAUGUGCCACAACAUAAACAGAGUUGUGUACGUGUUCGGUCCACCGGUCAAAGAACCUCCUACAGACGUCACCCCCACUUUCCUGACAACAGGAGUCCUCAGCACUUUACGUCAAGCUGAUUUUGAGGCUCACAAUAUUCUCAGGGAGUCUGGUUAUGCCGGAAAAAUUAGCCAGAUGCCAAUAAUACUGACGCCGUUGCAUUUUGAUCGGGACCCUCUACAGAAACAACCUUCCUGUCAAAGAUCUGUGGUUAUUCGAACUUUUAUUACAAGUGAUUUUAUGACUGGUAUUGCAGCAACUCCUGGUAAUGAGGUGCCAGAAGAGGUUGUGUUAAAAAUGGUGGCGGAGAUUAAGAAGAUUCCUGGUAUUUCUCGGGUGAUGUAUGACUUGACAUCAAAGCCACCAGGAACUACGGAGUGGGAGUAAUUAACUUUUUUUCUAUUAAAGUACUGUGUGCAGUCUAAAUCAUAUCAGAAACCAUUCCCAGUGUUGACAUGCAGUACUGUGAAAGAGUGACUGGAGCUGCUACAUCGCAUCAGAUUCCUCUCCUGGAGCAUAAACCUGCAGUUAAGAGCUGUGCUGGGGAUGACUGAGUGGGGCUGAGGAUUUGUACGGGUAAAUAAUCAUGGCAGCCUUGCCGGUGCGCAGACAGAUUCCUAUUGCUUUUGCCUUUGUCCUACCCGUUCUUCCCGUUUCCGCGUGUUUUAUUGUUAACUGUAAUUUCAGCGUCUCUUUGUUUUUGUACACUGCGUGAGAAGAGACAGUUUAUUUACUUCUACCGAAAGCAUUGUUACAGCCUAAAAACGUGAGAUGAAUUCUUUGUGACCAACUGCUUUUGAACGGAUUUAUUAUAAAUGAAUAUUUUGCCAAA